AUGACAGACCAAAACCAACCACCGCAGGAUCCUCCGCCUCAGCAACCACCACCUAACAUGGGCGAAGGAAAGACUCCUAAACCCAACCUUCCAACCCCCGUGCAAGGAGGUGCCGCGGUACUCACCGUGUGGCUCGUCUACCAUCCCCGCAAGCCUCGUUUCGUCGUCGUCGGUGCCGCCGUCUACGAACUCAACGCCACAUUACAACCCUACAUCUCCACUUCCAUGCAGUUCACUAUCGUCACGAGAAACCCCAACAAGAGAGUCUCCAUCUCUUACAACAAGUUGCAAGCUUACGUCUCGUAUAGAAACCAACAGAUCACUCCCACAAUAGACUUACCGCCUCUGCACCACAAGACGAAGAGCACGGUGUCUCUGUCGCCUGUACUCGGCAGCGGAUGGUCCCGGCGUUCGGGGAGGUGGUGA